AUGUCGAACUUCGUGCACAAAGUCAAAGACGCUAUAACAGACCACGACAAACCCGUAACUCGCAGCCAGGCCUCCGAGAACCGUACCCAAAAUACAGCAAAUCCCUUCACGUCUACCUACAAGGGCCAGAACGCCCCAGCCCCAGGAAUGAAUAACCCCGAUACUGCAACAGAGUCCUACACUAGCACCCAGCCCAGUUCUAACAUUCGCAACUCUUCCUCGGCGCCUGAUACCUCCUCCAGCGCUAGCUCCCCCGAUAUCAACGCAGGACCGCAUAACUCGAAGAUCGCUAAUAAAAUGGACCCGCGCGUUGAUAGCGAUCUAGACCACCGCGCUCAAGCUCAAGCCCCGAUCGGAUCUCAGAGGCAAACUGGUACUACCAACAUGGGCCGCAUGGAUCCGAGCAAUACAGCUCAGCAGCAGCGCAUGAAUCCGAAUACCAUGCCAACUCAACAGCAAGGCAUGAAUCAAAACGCCAUGCCAACUCAACAAGGCCAAGGUCUAGACACCCACAGCUCAAGCGAAGACACAUUCAGCAAGUCAACAAAAGAACACCACACCCAGCAUCAACCAGGCCAAUUCGGCUUCGACAAUAGUCCUACCCUCGGCCAGGAACAAACUUUCGAUGAAGACUUCAGCUCCUCGACCCAGGAAAAUAAGUCUCAUAAAUCUACUAGCCAUGUUGCUCCUUGUACCACCGCGGCUGGUGGGCAGCAGCAAAUGGCUCAGAGUAGUAGUGGCCAGCCAAUGGCCCAGGGUAGCGGCGGGAACUUUGGCGGAAGUGCAGUUGGUGGUAGUAGUAGUGUGAAUGCGGCGCCGGAUCAAGUGCAGUAUAACCCGCGCCAGAAAUUUAGGACUGAGGAUGGUCCAGUGCAGGGGAAUGUUAGUGACCAGCGUGGGGGAUAUUAA